CCAGCACGGCUCUUCCGGAACGUGCAGCCAGUUCGGUGGGCGUGGCCUAUGCUCUAUCUGCUCCGCUGGCUGAGCCGUGACGUAAUACCAAUACCGGGAGUCAGCUGGCGGCGCGUGUGAUCACAAUUUUUCCUUUGAUUUUCUGCUUUCCUGAAUCAUGUUCCCAAGGGACAAGAAAGGGGAGACCAUCUGUAUCUGGGUCCGAGACCCCAAAAUACAGAAAGAAGACUGGCACUCCUAUCUGGAUUAUGAAAUCUGCAUUCAUACAAAUAGCAUGUGCUUCACCAUGAAAACCUCAAGGGUCAGAAGGAGAUUUCGGGAAUUUGUAUGGCUACGUCAGAAGCUUCAGAGCAAUGCAGUGUUAAUUGAGCUGCCAGAAUUGCCACCUAAAACCCCAUUCUUCAACAUCAGUAACGCACAGACUGUGGAACAGCGCAUCCGUGGCUUACAAGAGUUCUUGAAUAAGGUGGUACAGUGCUCGCUAUUACUCUCAGACAGCCGCCUUCACCUUUUCUUACAAACCCAGCUCACUCCAGAGGAAAUAGAAGCCUGUGUAUCCGGACAGACCAAAUACUCGGUGGCUGACGCUAUCCACAAGUUUGCCAAAUCAAACCGGCGGUUUCCUGAAGAGGAGGAAGAACAAACAAGUUGUAACGUGGCUCCUGAGAGUUCAUCUGUGCUUGGACACCCAAUUGACGCCAGUUUUUUACGAGGUUGCAAACCCAGCAAAGAGCAAAGAGAUGCAUGGAAAACUGUCUUGGCUCCAUCACCUUCAAAGUAGACCUCUGUUCCUCUCCUGUACAGAUCCGGAAGUGCAAUUCUUUAGUUUACUAUUGAACUGUUGUCAUAGGUUUAUUAAGAAGGUACCAUUAGCAGGCAUAUAGACUAGAGUAGUGCAUAGAUUUGCAGAAACCCAUAGCAACCAGACUCCUGUACACUAUACUAAUGGCAGAUGAAGGAUUAUUUCUGGUGUACUUCAACCUUUGCCUUAUGAAGUAAGAGUCUUUAUGUUUAAGCACAGUAUUUCUCCAAUAUGCCUUAAAGGGAACCAAAGUUUGAAAUAUGCAAACCAGUCCAUUUCUCUGGAAGAGAGGAAAAAGAUAGAUACUAGUUUUCCAGAUAAUGGUAUUGAAGUGAUAUUUUACAUUGUACAGGAAGUAGAGGAUAUGUUACAUUUUCAUUUUACUGACAAUACCCAUGAAUAUUUUAUUUAAACCUAAAAGUAUGUUGCAAAUGUAGAUUUCUU